AAACAGCUGUUUCAUGUGGCCAGAGGAAACAUGCGUUUAGCUUUUGUUUGAGUCAAAUUCAAUUUGUUAACUAAGUUCUUUCGCGCGGAACUGGAUAGCUGAUUGAAGAGACAUGCCGCGACGCUACCAGACAGCUCUCAAUUCGGCCAAAUUCAGUGCCCAGGUCAAGACCAAAACUAGUGACAACGAAUCCGAUUCCGAAGACGAUCUUCUGCCGGAUCAAGAUGCUGAGGAUAACAAUGAGCCAGAUAAUCUGCGAAGCAUUUUGGAAAAUGCGCCCCACUUCUCUUAUCCCGGCUUGAACACUGGAAUGUUGGGCCAACUCUUGCACGAUUAUAACGAGAAUCCGAAGCAGGACUUGCCAAACUGCUCGGUUACGGUGCCGCUACCCCUCUUCCUGGCCAAGGAUGGACAGACUCCCCGUGUGGAGGCAUGCGUCCAAAGGCCAUGCGCCUACGACGAUUGGACACGGCAUUUGCAAUUAAACAAGGCUAUAUUUGAUAGGCGAUAUAAAAAUAUGAGACAGCGUGAACAGAAGCAGGAGCAAAGUGUUUACGAUGCCAGUCUGUUUGAGAUGGCUGAGCACAUAGCCCAGCAGGAGAAUUCCUUCUUCAGGGACAGCUACGAUUACUACUACACAGGCGGAAACCUAAACACGAUUCCGUUUAAUGGAAACGAUCAGCUGGCCAUGCAUGUCAGCGGUAAUAAACUCAGAGAUCUGCACUUUUCCCGAGAUUAUGGUGAGGCGGAGUUCUGGCAACCAUUGCAUUCCGCUACGCUAGAGGAAUCCUCCAGCGAAGUCUUCGAACUUCUUCCGCUGGACAAUUUAAAUAGCAGUCAAAUGUUCCUGGCACGGUUGCUGAAGGAGGUUUCCCUAUACGAACUUAAACGCAAAGAGGAACAGGAUUCGGAUUCAGAAUACGAACUCAUUCGCCAUUGCAUGUUUAGCAGUCAAGUAGCUCCUUUUACAAGCGCUGCACAAUCAUUGACCAAUGCCAAUACAUUGGCCUUAGCUAGCCAGGAUCGGUCCUUGCGCUUCGUGGAUAUUUCGACACAACAGGAUAUAGCCAAGCUUGAUGUUUGCUUGCUAAAAGGACUGAAGAAAUCCUCGAGUACCUGGGCACAAUUAAUGCAAGCAAAUGGAAGCACCUUUCACUGCCUAACACAGCCUGUUUUGUUUACCGUAGACGUGCGAUGCAAUCUGCCUCUGAAUCCCUGCUUUGCCAGCGGCGUUCACUCAAAAGCUUGCGAGAGGUUCUCUUGUUUGGCCAAGGGUGUGAAUCCUAAUCUUCUGUAUGUGGCUAGUAAUCACAACUUCCACUGUUUGGAUAUCAGAUGCUUGGGUAAAAAACUGACCGAUCGAGCUGUGGUCACCUGGACGCAUCAGAUGACCUAUCCACCCUGUUUUAUUGACACAUGCACUCACCAGAACAGUGAAUACAUUGCGUUAGCUGGACUCUUACCCAGAGAUCUGCGAAUUUGUGAGAUGCAAGGAGCUCAGGCAAAAUGUGUCGAUGAAAUGUUCUCGCCUGCAAUACCAUUUGCGCCGCUAACCCUGGAAGAAGCUUUAAUAGAUGCUUGCUUGGGAGGAUUUGUGGAUGUCUAUGCUGAUAUAGCAGAGCGGGCAAGAACCUGCAUUACGGGAAUGCGCUUCUUUCCCUUAAAGGAGGCCAGUGAUCUAGCUUUUACCCAGCUGCUAACCUCCAACAGCUUGGGAGAUGUUUACUGCCAAAGACUAACGGUUAGAGAUGAAGAGGAGCACGUCGAGCAGAUCAGAACCGGAAUUCACACCGCGGAAGCCAUACGCUACCUUGCCAAUUCCGUUAAUCAGCGCGUCCAACGCGAGAACAUCCGCUGCACGCAAGUCCAGUCGAUACCAGAGAUAAGAGACAUCUUUCGAGAUGGUGCCAAAAGAUCAAAACCUGACGAAAAACCCCUAAUCGUAGAGGAGAUCGAAAUUGACUAUGGAAUAGAAGAUACAGAUGUUUCCGAAGAUGAAAGCCCAGGCUCUGAAAAGGUAAAGGAAGAACCUUCGGAGUCCAAGAAAGAUGGUAAGAAAACGCCUAAGAAAAAAUCCAAGGUGAAACCGAAACGGCAAAACAAAAGGAAUGCUCCCAGUAACAAAAAUGUUAAAAAGCAGAAGAGCAUCAGUCGCGGUCCCUGGCAGAAAUCCGCUUACAAGCUGACCCACUACACGGACAUGAUGUCGACCCGUUUGCUGGACGUGUGGGAUAUGGAGGAGUACGACACCACGCGAGACGUAACCAGAGAAAUGUUCGAUGAGCGAAUUAAGGAGAAGGAGCAGGAACCGGAACAACGCAUGGCCAAUUGGUUGGACCAAUUGCCCAGUCAGACAGUUGAACCCACUGGAGACGAGGGGACCGAGGGAAAUACCGACAUGGUUCCCGGCACAAGUCUUCCAAAGCUAUAUGGCGCCACCACAGCGAACUACUCAGUGAUUCCAGCCCUUAAUUCCGAUCGGGACAUUGAAGAGGGCCUUUUGAGUCCCAAAAAGGAAUCGCCUGUUGAAUUUACCCACCAGUUUUCGAUAUUGCUGCCCGGACAGAACACUAUCAUCGAGGACUAUCCCAGUGCCCCGCCCGCUAAGAGGCCCAAGGUGAAACACGUCAUGGGUUUCUAGCUUAAUUUAGAGUUAUUAAGCUUAAAUUAAGUUUAGCAAUUAUAAAUAGCAGACUAUCAAAUGUAUUAAAUAGAAGUACAUUUAGAAUUUAAGAAAUUUAUUAAAUUUUUAAUUGAUUGUAAUAAUUUCAAUAACACAACACACACUUCACAUUA